AUGAAUCCAUGCAUUGAUCCAAUGGUCUAUCCACUUCUCUUUCCACAAGGAGAUUUUGGUUGGCAUGCUGGAAUGGAGCAUGUACAAGAGCGACGUACUGCCAAGCGUAUCCGUGUAACCCAAUUACAGUAUUAUGCUUACAGACUUGCUAUCUGCAAUUUACGUGUUGAGUUACAUCAAGGUCUUUUGGACGCUCUUCAAAGUGAAGCUCACUCAAACAAUGUAAAGUUAGAGAAGUUGAUCAUUUUGCCAUCAACCUUUCAAGGAUCUCCUCGCGCCAUGCAACAAAAUUAUAAAGAUGCCAUGGCAAUUGUUAGAAAAUUUGGGAGACCAGAUAUUUUUCUAACUUUUACAUGCAAUCCAGCAUGGCCAGAAAUAGUGAGUGCUCUACAGAGACACCAGCGUCCUGAAAAUAGACCCAAUAUCAUUGUUCGUGUCUUUGAAUUGAAAUUGACAGAACUUUUGGAUGAUAUUUUGAAACGUCAUGUAUUUGGUAAGGUUAUUUCAUUUAUUUAUGUUAUUGAAUUCCAAAAACGUGGGUUACCACAUGCCCAUAUGCUGUUGACAUUGGAUUCUGCUAAAAUUCGAACUAAAGAUGAUAUCGACAAAUUUGUGAGUGCAGAACUGCCCAAUAAAACUCUUAACCCUAGACUUCAUGAUAUUAUUACAAAAUGUAUGAUUCAUGGUCCCUGUGGCAUACUUAAUCAAAAUUCUCCUUGCAUGAAGGAGGGUUUGUGUUCUAAAAAUUUUCCGAAAGAUUUUCAAGAGACGACUCAAGAAAAUGAGAACGGUUAUCCAGUUUACCAGAGAAGUAUUACAGAACCUAUCAAUGUAGGUAAAUAUGAUAUUGAUAAUCGUUGGGUUGUGCCUUAUAACCCUUGGUUAUCAAAGAAAUUUAAUGCUCACAUCAAUGUUGAGAUUUGUGCUUCGGUCAAAAGUGGAUGGACGCUAUAUGCCAGUGCUCCUGAGGCAAUGUGGCGGCUAAAUGAAUUUCAUAUGUUUGAAAAAUCGCACACUGUCAUGAGGUUAGCUGUUCACUUACCAAAUCAACAGCAAGUAAUUUAUCAGAGUGGCCAUGAAGUUGAAGCUGUUGCUCGAGCCUCCGCCAGACAUACGACUUUAACAGCAUGGUUUCAAUUAAACCAAACUGAUGUUGAUGCCUGCAGAUAUUAUUAUUCUGAUAUGCCUCAUUAUUAUGUUUUUGAUCGUAGAAAUAAUUGGUGGAAAAGACGUCAAAGGGGUGGCGACCAAAUAAUAGGCAAGAUGCCCGUUGUCAGCAUUCAAGAUAGCGAACGUUAUUUUUAG